CAACGCUUCAACUCAAACUACUCUGACUAGCACCCAAUCUGCCCAAGCUCUUUUACAACCCACUACCCGCCAAAUGCAGUACACCGUUUUUGCCUACGAGUACUCGGAGGGUCCACACAGUUGUAAGUCUAAUUGGAGUCACGUCAAGUUCGCCCUCCAGGAUGGCAACUGUCACUGCACCCUGAACCAGGCUCCUGAGAUCCUUCACAAGAUCCAGAGCCUGGGAAUCAUGAACUCCCUCGACAAGAACAAUCGUAUGAUGCAAGAUGUCUAUGGUAGCCCGGGCUCUCCUGUGCGGAUCGGGAUCCAGUUCCCGCACCCCCUCAAGACAUUCCGGGACAUUAUCAAGAUGGGGGAGCGGCUGUACGCGGCGUCGGUCACGUUCGCCAAGGAGUACGACACCGUACGCGUCUUCAUGCACACCCCAAGCGCCUACAGCCGGGUGGACCAGUCGCUGGUGAGGCGGUAUGGGCGAGACAUCAUCACGGAUGUCUCUCUCAACGUCGAGCCGGUCCUCGCUUGGUACCUGGUCUUCUUUGCUAUGGAUGAAACGAAUGAGGUGGCGGACAUUGAGAUCGCAUUCGGAAAUGCACGCGGAUAUGAACAACAUGCGCCAUGCCAACUUCCACUGAAUGGCCAAUUCCCUCAAGGCCAGCCCCAACUGUGUGGCCAGCUCCCACCAACUGGACAAGUCCAAUCAUCUGGCCAACUUACACCAUCUGGCCAAUUCCCGCCGCCACAUAGCUAUACCUCGCUAUAUGGCCAAGCCCCACCAUCUGGUCAACUUCCACCAAACGGCCAAGCCCCACAAACAUUUGGUCAAGUCCAAGCAUCUGGCCGAAUUCUACCAAACGGCCAUAUCCCACCAACAUAUGGUCAAGUCCAAGAACUUCGUCAAAUUCUACCAAACGGCCACGUCCCUACACAUGACCCUGAACAUGGCCGAGUUCAACCAUCUGGUCAACGUUCACCAUCUGGUCAACGUUCACCAUCUGCCCAGCGUCCGCCAUCUGGUCGAUUUUCACCAAAUCACCAAGCCCCACCACCGUAUAAUAACCAAGUCCCACCAUCUGGCCAACUCCCGCCAAAUGGCCCAGUCCAGCCACAUGGCCAGGCUCAAACAUUUGGUCAGUUUCCACCAUCUGGUCCACUUCCACCAUCUGGCCAGCGUCCGCCACGUGGGCCGCUUCCGCCACGUGGACGGCUUCCGCCACGUGGUCAGCCUCCAUCAUUUGGUCAACUUCCUCCCCAUGGCCACUACGGCCAAAUGCCACCACCACCCCGGUAAAUGACGCGGAGCGAUUUUGAACACUUGCCCCGAGAUGGUCGGAAGGAGUGGACGGUGUCGCGACAUUGCUCGACUCAAGAAAGCGGAAGCGUAAAAGUCGAGACCACAGGACGCAGUUGUUUGCUUUGAAGUACGAGAAUGGAGAUGUUUCCUUUGUAGCUAGUUCUGUCAAUUGGGGUGUUUCUUAUGUCGCUAGUUCUGUCCAUUGGGGUGUUUCUUUAGUUCUGUCAACUGGGGGUUUCUCAUGUCGCUAGUUCGGUCGAUUGGGGUGUUUCUUAUGUCGCUAGUUCGGUCAAUUGGGGUGUUUC